GCGGCAAUAGACACGUUGUAAACUCUGACAAACAGACAUGGCUGCCCCCUGUGAAUAAACAGCCCAGCUUCGUCAUUCUAUUUUUGGACAGAAGCUAACAAUGGUUGUGGAUACACAACCCUGCGAUCUGGGAGACAUUUUCCGUGUGAGAGGUUCCCUGGAGCUCAAGUGUCUUCUGGACAGCACAGAUGUGGCACUCAAACAAAAAACGAUCUCCAGAACAUUUGAGAACCUGCGCUCACAUGUAAACUCGGAAUCCUGUGUUCUGAGAGUCCGCGACAGCCCAGUUAUCAUUUGGCCAAACCAAAGUGUUCAUGUGACACCAAAAGAGUUAUCUCCGAGCACACUAUGUGAAGCUCUACAUCAGUGGAUACAGACAGAUGAACAGGAAAUUUCUGGCAAGAAAUCAAAGAAGAAGAGCAAAAAGAGCUCAGCGCCUAGAGUCAUCAACCUUAACCUGAUGAUGGACGUGACAAAACCAGGUCCCCUCCCUGCACCAGUCCUCUGUAGAACCAUCCAAAAAUCCUACUUCCUGUCUACAACUCUUCCUGUAGACUGUGUUGUCUGCAUCAGUUCCACUGACACCAUUAAAGCUGCCAGUGAGCGCUUGUUGGAGGUGCUAACUAAUCAGCUGUGUGAGAUGGAGAGAGAUAUGCUGCGCCACAUGACGGGAACAACACUGACUGUCCCAGAGCCGUUCCACUUCCUGCUUCCAGAAGCCAAGGAUCUGGUCACAGUGUUUUAUCCAUCUGGGGUGCCUGACAGCCAGCUUGAGACGCAGCGUAAGGAACUUCAUCGCCGCUUUAAGCUACCAGAGGACCGGCCCUAUUUUCGAAGAGCCAAUGCUUAUCACUUUGCCAAUGAAUCCUACCAAGAUGGUUACCUCCGAAACCCUCACCUGGCUCUCACACAUCCAAACCUGGACGAUGGAAAGGUGUACUUGGUCCAAGGAGUCUACAGUUACCACCACUACAUGCAGGACCGCAUGGACGACAAUGGCUGGGGCUGCGCUUAUCGCUCCCUCCAGACCAUCUGCUCCUGGUUCCAGCAGCAAGGCUAUGUGGAGCGGCGCGUGCCCACUCAUAAGGAGAUCCAGCAGGCUUUAGUGGAUGUUGGAGACAAACAAGCCUCCUUUGUGGGGUCUCGCCAGUGGAUUGGAUCCUUUGAGGUCCACGCUGUCUUGAACCAAUUACUUGGGGUGACGUCCAAGAUUAUGUUUGUGAGUCAAGGGUCUGAGAUGGCGUCCAAAGGCAGAGAACUGGCCAACCACUUCCUCUCUGAGGGGACCCCUGUGAUGAUUGGAGGGGGUGUCUUAGCCCACACAAUCCUGGGUGUUGCUUGGAGUGAGACCACCGGAAUGAUUCGCUUUCUCAUCUUGGACCCUCAUUACACAGGAGCAGAAGACUUACAUGUCAUCACAGACAAGGGCUGGUGUGGCUGGAAAGGACCAGAGUUUUGGGAUGCGACCGCAUAUUAUAACAUGUGUCUUCCUCAGAGGCCAAAGGUUAUAUGAGUGGUGGUUAUUCAAACAUGCUUAACAAGGUUACGUUAAAGUACAUCACAUGUAUACCUGAACAAUUCAACGUCUCCAAAAAGGAGGCGGCAGAAGCAGAGUUUAUAUAAUCCUACAGUUUCCCGAAUUAUGAUGGUUGCUUCACUGUGUUUAAUGUACCAGGCUACCAAUUUUCUAAUACAGAAAAAAUAAAAUGUGUAAUAGUAAA